UAAUGAUAAUAUUAAAUAUAGAUACAUUAAGAAAGUAAACCAAUUAUGGAUAAACUCAAUUGCAUCCCAGAAUUAUUGCCAAUCCUAAUGAAAAUAUCAAUUAAAUACUCCCAACCAUAAAUAUGAGAUACUUACCAUAUUUCAGUGAUUAAAUAGAUGAUGCUGGAUGGGGUUGCGCUUGGAGAAGUAUUUAGAUGAUGCUAUCUUCAUAAUAUAACAUAACUCCUGAAUUCAGAUGGUUAUUCAGCUUCUUUGGGUCAAAAACAAUUUUAGAAAAAAUUUAUAUGCAUAUGAACCAACUAGAUUAAGUUCCACAAUAUCUUUCUAAUUCUUAAUAUGCUCCUCAUGAUUUAGCUAAUGGAUGGGCAGAACCGUACAUAGGCCAUCUUAUUCUUUAUUAUAUGGGGUUUGAGUCCAAGUUAUUUUUAAUCAACGGAUAUCCACCUAAAUCCAACGCACCAAAAGAAGUAUUUACAGAAACUUAAACAUUCCCUUAAUUUUAGCAAUUUUUAUAAGAGCAUUUCCUUCUGAGAAAGUCUCCCAUUUAAAUUGAUGAUUCUUAAUAUAGUAUGGUUAUUCAUGAUUAUAAAAUUGAUGGAAAUAAUACAAUCCUAUUUAUUGGAGAUCCACAUAUCUAUUACAUAUAAAAUAAUCAUUAGAAAAUUGGAUUGUAUACAGUCACAUUAAAUGAGAAGGGUGAUUAAAUUGCUAAUUCUAUUACUCCUGAUUAAGAGCAGUUUUAUAUGUAUACUAAUUCUUAUAAAACACUUCAUUUUAAUGAAAAGUAUUGGAUGGCAACAUGUAUAAUGAAAAGUUAAGAUGUCUGGUUGGAUUGGAGAGAAAGAUAGUUGAUUAUUUGA